GGCACCGACAGGAAAUGUUACCCACCGGUUAAGUUCCCCGCGCGGUUUCUAAAGUAAAUUCAAAGUAUUGGAUCUGCGAGACUGGCAGGGACGCCUGACAUUCGACGCUUGAUCGGGGAAGGAAGCCCGGCAAGAACUCGAGGAAGUGCAUUCGGGUUGAAGAGCGCGGGUACACACUCAAGCAUUCCUCCGGAGAAGCUUAUGUGCAGAAGGUGAGAUGCCCUCUCAACGCACUGAGCAUUGGAAUUGAUCGCGGUAUGGAUUUCAUUCAGGACGUCCCGGGGAGAUUCCAAAGCUCGCCGCCUCGGAUACAAGUCCUGAAAAUCCGAUGAUCGCUGAGAAUACCCUUCUGCCAAUUAGACCGACAUCAGAGGCUGAAUCAUGACGGACAGCAGUUUAACGACUCAGUAUGCGAAGAUUGCGCUAGUGAUCGCCGCCUACUGGAUAGUUUCCAUAUCCAUGGUGUUCCUGAAUUCACAUCUUCUGUCUUCGGAAAACCGUCUCGACGCUCCGCUAUUCAUAACUUUCACGCAAUGCGUUGUCACUGUUGCCGUGUGCCUCACCCUGAGCGGCAUAAGUAGGCUCUUCCCGAAACUGUGCUGGUUCCCUGAGUGUACAUUAUCCAGAGAUAGAAUGCUGAAGCUUCUCCCUGUGUCUAUCUUUUUCGUGAUGAUGAUCACAUUCAACAAUAUCUGUCUUAAGUAUGUGGGCGUCGCAUUCUACACCGUCAGCCGAUCUUUGACAACGGUUUUCAAUGUGAUAUUCACUUACAUUAUCUUGGGUCAACGGACGUCGUUCCCCGCCCUGCUAUGUUGUGGACUCAUAAUCGCCGGUUUUCUGCUCGGAGUCCAGCAAGAAGAUGGAGCAGGGUCUCUCAACGUGAUCGGAGUACUGAGCGGCAUCCUGGCUUCGGUGUCCCUCAGCUUGUAUUCUAUAUACACGAAAAAGGUCCUGAAAAUCGUCAAUGAUUCAGUGUCCUUACUGUCCUUCUACAACAACGUGAACGCCCUAAUCCUCUUCAUACCACUCAUUGCUGUGUCUGGUGAGCUCUCCUUAGUGGCGAAAUUCAGUCUCCUCGGUUCUCCAGAUUGGUGGACCGAAAUUUUCAUCGUCGGAGUCUUCGGCUUCGCCAUCGGAUACGUUACCAUGCUCCAAAUCCAGGUCACGUCCCCCUUGACGCACAACGUUUCGGGUACAGCGAAAGCGUGCGCACAAACCGUCAUAGCAGUCAUCUACAGUGAGCAGGUGAAAUCCGCGCUCUGGUGGACGUCGAACGCUUUAGUCCUGAUAGGGUCAGCACAAUACACUCGCGUGCGCCAAGUCGAGAUGGCGAAGCAUCAUCAAGAAGCCCCGAGAGCUCAGCGCAGCGGGAAAGGGGACAAGAAGAGACUACUCGAAUCUGUUUGAGAUCGAGCUUCACGGAUCCAAGGGUCAACAAAGCAGGCUGACAAUGCAGCGGUUCUCCUCCAGGUGCAUCAUGAGAAUUCGUAUCUUGGGCAUCCUCGACGACUCGACGCGCAGCGCCGGAAGGAUCGCGGUGGAUGCAUUUGUCGUUCGAGCAAUCCGCCGCCUAAUCCACACCGACGGCCGGGGCAUCCCUCAAGCGGCACCCCACAUUUAUAUAAUCGUUGAUCGUUACAUCAUCUUAUACCGAUAACGUUUCCCCUCAUCCCAAUUCCAUUUGAGCUUCCUAUUUAAUGAAUUAUGAAAAAAAACAUACAGAAUGGUUCGAGAUCGAGCUUGUUGAAAGAUCCGCGGUUUCACACGGAGGAUUCUCCGUGCACUAGUCGAGACGCUCAAGCUGGGAGCGACUUGGAUAAAAUAAACAUUCGACGUCACCGAGACGGGCCAU